AGCUGCAGGAGUCGGUGUGGUGAGCGGUUCUCCGGAGUAGAGGAGUAGAAAGCGGCGGACUGGAGUCAGCUAGAUCAUUGCGUGUUUCUCUGCAUAUGAAUCUCUGGAUGGCUGGUUAACCGCACAGGAAGAAGAAGAAGAAAAACUCUUAAUAGUGCCUCCGGUUAUUCCGACGUGCCGCUGUGUGUCGCGGUAAAGCGGAUAUUUCUCACUUUGACUGGAGUCAGAAAGAAAAGCGGCAAGAUGAAAUACAAAAACCUGAUGGCCAAAGCGUUGUACGACAACGUGCCGGAGUCCCCCGAGGAGCUGGCCUUCCGGAAAGGGGACAUCCUGACCGUCAUUGAGCAGAACACGGGCGGCCUGGAGGGCUGGUGGCUCUGCUCCCUGCACGGCCGCCAGGGCAUCGCCCCUGGGAACCGCUUGAAGCUGCUGAUCGGACCCAUGUUCGAGGUUCAGUCGUCAGGUGCCGCCGCCGCCCCUUCUCCAUCUCAGAGCUAUCAGCAGAAGGCUAACUCGGGGUCUCAGGGCCUCUACCAGGUGCCCCCGUCCCUCCAGAGCCCACAGCAGCAGAGUCAGCAGAGCAUCUACCAGGUCCCACCGGGACAGGACGUCUACCAGGUCCCACCGAGGAGUACUCUAGCAACUGAUAACACACCAAGCAAGGUGGUGACCCCAACCAGAGUGGGACAGACCUACACUUACAGCCCAGGACAGCAUAACCAGCAGGACCUCUAUGACGUCCCACCCAUCAGAUCACAAGGGGUGUACGAUAUUCCACCUGGUCAGAUGUUCCCUGGUCAGCAAGGCGGAGCCAGAAACCAAGGAGUCUAUGAUGUUCCCCCAUCACCAAUGGACCCUAGGUCACAAGGCAUCUAUGACAUCCCUCCAACCUCUCAAGGGGUCUACUCAGUGCCUCCCUGCAGGACCAACUCUGCCCAGCAGGAGGGGAACUACGACUUCCCGCAGCCCCUCAAGAGCAAACAGGAAGGCAUCUACGACGUACCCCCACCUGUCCUCGCCAAGCCCGCCCAGAGCUCGCAGUCACAUUACGACUUCCCACCGAACGUGGAGCCUCCGGCUCAUCAGCCGCACCUGAACACCAACGGCAAUGAAGGCAUUUACGAUGUGCCACCGCCUGCCUUUCAUUCAGGGGCGGGGUCUCGCAACGACGUGUACGACAUCCCGCGGGUCAUGCAGACCUCCCAGCACAGAAGCUCGCCCGCCGACAGAGACGGCAGCAAAGGCAUCUACGACAUCCCCGCUCAGGAUGCUCGCGCAGUAGCGGACGUGACGGACGGCGUGAACCGCUUGUCGUUCUCCAGCACGGGCAGCACGCGCAGUAGCAUGUCCACCUCCUCGUCCUCCACUGGCUCCAGCUCUGAGGGCCGCCUCGCUCUGGAUGUGGACACCGCCAUCCAGAAGCUGUACCGCCUUCAGCAAGCAGUGGACAGCUCAGUCGGGAAUUUGCAUUCAAUGGCAGCUUCCCCUCACUGGAGGACUUUUCCUUUCAUGGAACGCCACGCCAACGACGUCCGCACAGUUCUGGACAGAGUCCGGGCCGGUCUGGGAGACUUCAUUGUGUUUGGCAGAGGUGCCGCGGUGAACGCUACGUCUCUGUCAGACAACAGUCUGCACAGUAAGCUUCGAAGGCAGCUGGGACGCCUGGAGGACUCACAGCAGAUCCUUCUGCAGAUCUACCAAGCUCUGGAAAACUGCAGCUGGGCGCUUAACACCCUGGCCUCGUCUGGAAGGCACCACAACAAGACCGACGACCUGGACCGCUUCGUCAUGGUCUCCAGGACUGUUCCCGACGACGCCAAGCAGCUGGCCUCCACGAUAGGCAGCAGCGCCGAGCUGCUGUUCAGGCGGACGCAUGUGGACGGAUCUUUCUCUGUGGGCAGCACGCCUGACGAGAACGUGAUCCACCCGCUCACCUCCCCCUCGUCGGACAACGACAACAACGGGGGCCAGACCAAACCUUUCCCCGUGCCCUCGAACCCAGACAAGGACAACAUGAACAAUAGCGAGAAGUGCGUGAAAAGCUGGAUGGAGGACUACGAUUAUGUACAUUUGCAGGGCAAAGAAGACUUUGAACGGCAGCAGAAGGAGCUGUUGGAGAAAGAAAACAUAAUCAAGCAGAGUCAAGUUCAGCUGGGUCAGGAACAGAUCAAUCAGUUCAAGAAGCUGGAGCAGGAAGUGAGCAAACCCGUGGAGAACGACAUCACGCAGUGGAUUUCACACCAACACUCGGCGCCGCCCUCAGACUCCUCGUCCUCCUCCACCUCCCUCUCCCCGUCCGCCCACCUGUGCGCUCGGGACCGCCAGCUGCUCAGCUUCUACUCGGAGCAGUGCGAGCAGCACUUCGUCACGCUCCUCAGCGCCGUGGACGCCUUCUUCGGCUGCGUCAGCGCCGGCCAGCCCCCCCGCAUCUUCGUGGCACACAGCAAGUUCGUGAUCCUCAGCGCCCACAAACUGGUCUUCAUCGGGGACACGCUGUCCCGGCAGGCCUCGGUGCCUGAGGUGGCAAACAGGGUGAUGAACUCGAGCAACGUGCUGUGCGACCUGUUAAAGACGGUGGUGUGCGCGACUAAAACGGCCGCCCUGAACUACCCGAACACAGCCGCCAUCCAGGAGAUGGUGGACAGAGUCACCGACCUGUCGCACCACGCUCAGCAGUUUAAAGAACAGUUGCUGCAGAUGGCUAAUUUGUGAUUUUCACCCUCAUGGCUCCUGCACAUCACUCCGUUUGUACAUCUGCCAUAAAAAUAUAUAUAUAUAUAUAUUUGCAGUAUAUGUAUGUCGCUCUCCAUCUUUAAGCCCGUUUAAGAUGUUGUAAAUAGUCUGUGUUCUGUAAAUAUUUGCUCUAUUUUUAUGUACAUUGUUCUAUAUUAUGAUAUGGACGCAUAUAUAGAUGCAGUACUGGUGCCUCUGUAGGAACAUGUGGACAUUUUUCAUAACAUUCCCAUUGCAUAUUAUGAAGCACCUUAUGAGAUGUCCUGUUAUUUCAUUUAUAACUGUAGAGUGUCGUUUCUGUGUCUUCCUGCUGGAUGUGACAGUUAAAAGUUCCUUGUAAAUCAA